AUGGCCGUGGAGUUUAUCGGUUUUUUCUCUGUGCUUCUUUUCUUUCUCUCUUCUUGUCAAGCCAAGCUAGGGAACUACAGUGAGGCUCAGUGCAAGGUCUUACCGGUUGGAAAAGGGACUGCAUCCGAAUUCCGCGCUGGGGCUUCCGAGAAGGGUGUUAGAAUAAUAUACUUAGAUUUGAAGUUCCAUAACGACAGCUACCGUCCAUUAGAGUCAGAAAACGAGUUUCUCCCAAAUAGAUGGGUUUGGGCGAAUUUGAUCAGCGAGCCAAUGUUGUCUUUGUCCUAUGACUAUGAUAUUUUGUCCAUGGGCCUCCUUAAAUACCAAACAAGAAGUAUGGAUGUGCUGUUGGAAGAUCACCCAAGCGGAUGCCUUGCGAACUUGAAAUCAUCCUAUCAAAACAAGGUAGUUGGAAGAGCACUUCUGAGUAUGACACAGAUAAACUCAGGUGAACCAUCAGAUAAGAAUGUUGUGUGUGUUGCGAUGAUUGAAAACUUUUUAUGGAGCUCCUUUGAGGGAAAUGUUAAAUUCCAGUGCUGUAAGAUGAGGAAAGACGAAAACACGGGGUCUGCUUCAAUUCAAUGUGAGCUGGAUGUUCAAGUUAGCGGUUGGUUCCAAGCUUUUAAUGGUACCCUAAACCUUUUGACUGUGCUAAUGAUACUUUUUUGUCCAGCGUUUCUCCUUUUCCUGCCGGAUUCCAUUUUCAAUCUUCAAGAGGAGUGUAAAAAAGAAGAGCGACGCGAAAACGAGCAACAGUCAGAAGACAGCCAUCAUCGACAGAGCAAUCAACAAAGAAGCAGGUACGGAUCAACUGCUGAAGCUUCAGUAAAUGACAAUGUUCAAAAUGACGAUUUAAUUCCUCUUAAAACUUUAUCUUUUUUGACUCAGAGUCAGCGAGCUAAUUCCCAAGUAGGCGAAGAUAAAUCAAACAAACACGUGCAAAGUUUAUUUUAUUUAGACGAACCAAAUCCAAUUACCUUCUCCUAUUUUAUAAGAACUUAUACAGAAGAACGUACAGAAUUAUUUUCAUUUCAUUCCAAACUUGCAUUUCUCUGGUAUGGUGUUAUUCCAUUUUUUGUGUAUCUAAGAUUAGUAUUAAACUACAUCGUAGAAAGUAAAUUUAUGGAGGAAGUGCAUAAAAAACCAAAGGCAUCUCUGGUGGGACACUUGUUUUCAUAUAUUUUCGAUUUUCAAGGUUUAUUCAGCUGGCUAAUGGCUCUCGCUCCUUUGAUUUUAAUUUUAUUUUCAAGUCCUAAGGAUUUCCUAAUUACUGUCAGAGAGGAUAUUGGACAAGUCGUAUGCCCUGUUUGCAAAGAAAAUACGGUUUCAGUAGGAGAGGACAUGCUCCGACACUUAGGAAAGUUAGCAGUAAACAGUUACAAGUUAGCUUCAUGUUUAAUUACCCUUCACCAAAAAGCACUGGUAGGGUCUAUAAAGUUCUUUACACGUUACGGUAUUGAGAAACGAGAUAGAACUCCUUUCAUUGCCUCGUGGGUGUUAUUCUGGGAUUUUGUUUCAGUAAUAGUUGUGGGUGGCAUUUUUGGAGGAAUAUGCCUCUGUCUUUUGUUAGUAGGAUUAGUCUUGCUUAUUUUUUGGUAUUCACCGUGGUUUAGUCUGAUCCAAGUCUGUUUUAGGAAACUAUUGCAAAUAGCAAGAAAACGUAUCCACGAAAUACGCAACGAAAACCUUCUUUUUCACACGCAUAUUUUAAAGUUGUUUGUUGUUGAAUUUUUUGUAUUUUGUUUUUAUUUACUCGUAGAGGCAAUAUUAACAGACGGCUGUUGGGUAGGGGGCCUGUCUUGCCGAUGUAUCACUCGCAUGUUUGGUUUGGUGAUUUUAGGUCUUGUGUUAAAUGCGUCAAUCGUGGGCCCAUUUGUAGCAUUAUCUAUCGUUGCUUUAACAAACAUUUAUCUAUGUUACUAUAAUCUGCAAAUGCGCUACCGAGAUGUAAAGGAAAUGAUUUCGGAGAAGUGGCAGACUCUUGAUGGAAAACACGAGCACGAUGCAAUUCCAGAAGAUCUAUUUUGGCGCAUUUGUAGUGGCGCGUCAAAUUCAAAUAACACAGUUCCACCAGUUAGGGGUGAAGUAAACCUCAUGCUUUGCAAUAUGGCCAUCAUUUUGAUAUUUCUAUUUUUGGUUCACUGCUCUGUAUUUCUAGUAACUGAUGCGAAGAGCAUUUCAGCAGUGCCAUCAACGAUUACUGUGUUUUUAAGCGGAGCUAUUCCUGGGUUAUUUUUCAAAGGAUUGACUAACGGAAAGCGAUUUACAGGUGAGACAAGGGUGAGAAUGAUUAGAGAAAUCGAGGGGGCGGUUAUAGACUACAAGGAAAAUACCGCGGUAGAAGUG